AGUUCAUUUCCGGCUACAGUGCCAAAACAUGGCAGUCAGGAUUUUCUCGGUUCUCUUGACACUUACGUUAAUUCUACUAAAAACUAUGACGAAUUUUGCAGAAGCAGCAUCAGUUGAUGUCUUAUUUGCUGCGGGUGAAGGAAUCACCGCAGAUCAAGAUGGCACUCUGAAAUUUAUGGAGGGAAUCCAACACCAGCUACGCUUGCAUGGAAACCAGUUAACCAACAUUACUGCCAUUGCUUUCACUACAGAAACCGCGGAUCGGGGCGAAGUCUGUGUAAUAAGUGACGGGGAUAUAAAAGUGAAUUUUUCUGAAGUAAUAGAUAAUUCUGUGGGAGUGAUCAGUGUAUCAUUUGAUUAUGUUGAUGGAGAAUAUCGUUAUGUUUGUGUAAAAGAGAUAUUUAUGACUAGUGGGUUUCAAAAUGAAACUCAGACUCGAUGGGUCCACCAAGGACGUGACAGUCCCUGGCUUCGGUUUACUGUUGAAGCUAAACCCGUAAAAACUUUUCUUUUGCCAUUUGGCAUACAAAUUUCGAUUUUACUUGUGUUAUUGUGUUUGUCAGGGCUGUUUAGCGGCUUGAAUCUUGGUCUGAUGGCUUUAGAUAAGACAGAAUUGCAAAUCAUUCAGAAAUGUGGCUCAGAUAAUGAAAAGAAAUAUGCAAAAAUUAUUGAACCGUUACGUAGCAGGGGAAAUUUUUUAUUAUGUACUUUAUUGUUGGGAAAUGUUCUUGUAAAUAAUACAUUGACCAUUUUGUUAGACGACUUGUCAAAUGGACUAUUGGCUAUUAUUAUGUCAACAAUGGGUAUUGUUAUAUUUGGAGAAAUUAUUCCACAAGCUAUAUGUUCCAGACAUGGCUUGGCGAUUGGAGCUCGAACAGUUUAUUUAACUAAAUUUUUUAUGAUUGUUACGUUUCCGUUAUCGUUUCCCAUUAGUUUAAUUUUAGACAAGGUUUUAGGAGAGGAAAUUGGCCAAGUAUACAAUAAAGAAAAAUUGCAAGAAUUAAUUCGUAUGACAGCUGAUUCAAAAGUUCUUCAAAAUGACGAGGCAAAUAUUAUCGCUGGAGCUCUUCAGCUGGCAAAUAAAGUUGUCACCGAUGUCAUGACGAAGAUCGAUGAUGUUUAUAUGUUAGAUAUCAACACUACACUUGAUUUUGAAACAAUGUCGGAAAUUCUGAAAAAUGGUUACACAAGAAUUCCUGUUUUUGAUGGAGACAAAAGUUGUAUUGUAAAUUUAUUGAAUACAAAAGAUCUAGCCUUGAUCGAUCCAGAUGAUAACACAGCAUUGAAAACAGUGUGCCAGUUUUAUGAUCACCGCCCUUUAUUUGUUGACGAAGAUUACAAAUUGGAUUCCAUGCUUCAAGACUUUUUACAAGGAAAUUCUCACAUGGCUAUAGUUCAACUUUUACAUAACGAUUCUGAGUGUGACCCUUAUUAUGAGAUUACUGGAGUUGUGACUCUUGAGGAUGUGAUUGAAGAAAUUCUACAGUCAGAGAUAGUUGACGAGACAGAUAUUCUUUCUGAUAACAAGAAGAAGGCACCAAGACGUCAUGAAAAGCGUGAUUAUAGCGUGUUUGAUCAAAAUGAUGAUGAGAGUGCUCCAAGAAUAUCGCCACAACUUGCUCUAGCUACCUUUCAGUUCCUUACUACAACUGUUGAUGCAUUUAAUGACGAACUGAUAUCUAGAAAUGUUUUAAAGCGUUUGAUAAGACAGAAUAUUGUUGUCAAUAUCCAUCCUACAGAUCCACCUUCUGAUAAAAACUAUAUCUAUAAACAAGGAAAAGAAUGUGAUUACUUUGUUCUCAUUCUACAAGGUCAUGCUGAGGCUUUGAUUGGUAAAGAACAGAUGGUAUUUGAGGCUGGACCGUUUACCUACUUUGGUGUUGAUACUCUUAAAAAGAGAAGUAGUGAAGAGUUGAAGGACAAUCGAGCCCCCGAGUACCAUCACGCCAAGAACGAAAAGUAUAUUCCUGAUUUCUCUCUGAGAGCUGUCACUGACAUGCAGUAUAUACGCAUCCGUCGAGCUCAUUAUUUGGCAGCACGACGAACUACUAGUAUGAUGAAGAAAAUACGACCAGAUCAAGCCAAACUCAAAGAGGAAGAGGCCUUCUCUAAAGAAUGGAAACAAGCCUUGAAUGCCUCCCUCAGUCGAAAUAAUAGUGCAGCGAACAUCACAGAUCUAAACAGUUUAGAUAACAGCCUGAAACGAGCACUUACAGAUGAAGUUCUUAAUUCUGAUGUCAUGAUUGAAUCAAAACCGAGAUCCAAAAGUGAAUUAGAAGAAAGUCGCUCUCAAAACUCGGAUGGUUUUUCUCCCAAGGCUGUUCGAGACCUGAAAAUGAAAAGCUCAUCUUUUGAUGAUUUGCCACCGAAACAGAACAGUCGACACAAUAGUAUUAAGCUGGACCAAGCUGCGUUGAAUCAAACAUUGAAGUUUCGCAACAGCAAUUAUGAAAUUAACUCUAUAAAGUAUGUGGAUGAGGAAAAAACACCGUUGAUGAACACUGAAACGGCACAGAUAAGUCCAACAAGUUUAUAGCAGAGACUAGAGCAUCCCUUAUAGAUGCUGCUAUUAUAAAGCCUGUUGCAUUUUGGGUAACUAGCAAAGUUAUUCAGAUUUCUUAGAUAUGCUGUUUGAAGCUAUAGUAAACAAACAUUGUAUUUAUUCACGUUAAAUGAGUCAAAUAAUUUAAGAUCUCACCAUAGAAUUCAAGCAAUUUGCACAUUAGAUACGAGAUUUGAGACAUACUAUUUUUAUUCUGGCUGAAUAAUUCCUUCAACCCAGUUACAAGGCCAGAUUAACCAGGCACUACGUAGUAGUUUAAUAGAGUUGUAUAAUAAAAUGUUCGAUUUACAUGUAUGAAGUCUUACAUCUGCUCAGUCGAACAGUACUCAGAGGCAGUAUGGUUUCAGUAUGGCAUUAUGUAAAGUAAAAAAUGUAUAAAAGGUUUCUUGGUGACAAGGCAAUUGUGUAAAAUUUAAAGGAAAAAUACUUAAUCAGUUUCAUUUAUCUACCUUCUAUGUAUACGUAUGUAUAUAUAUAUAUAUUGAAAUGUUCUAAAUCUAUAUACAUGUAAUGUUUUUCAUCAUCAGUGUCAGAACUUUAAAUACAUUCUACAGUAUUGUUUGUAGAAGAGAGAGGGGGGCAGUUGAGAGACUGAAUGGUCUGAUACAUGUGCUUUAGAUCAUUAGGUCUGUUGUCUAUGCAAGUGGUGUGAUUUCCAUCCCAUGCUUUUAUGUGACAAAUGGUAAGGAUGUCCUACUAACUACAUGGGUUUUCUUUAGGUUCUGCCCUCUAUAUUAUUGGGAAAAAAAUGAUAUUAUAUUGUAGCAAGAAAGUGGUAAUGUUUCAGAGUUCUGAUAUAGAUGUUACGCAACAGUUGAUCACAUAAGUCCCAGAGAAAAUAUCUCUGGAUGAAUUUGGAUAUUUUCAUAUUUUCUUGAAAUUUGAUGCCUUAGUCAGAUAAAGUGUGAACAAAAGUAAUCAUUUACACUUUGGUGAUUUCCAGAUCUUUUUAGUUUCAAAAUCACAAAUUCAACCAAUUUCUACAACAGAUUGAUUGGCUAAAUGAAAAUUCAAGAUCUAUGUAAAGACAAGAUGUAGACAUUGUUGGUUAAAUAUAUUUAAAAUUAUAGAAUUAUUUCAAAUUCAGAUUUAAAUUCCUAAAUUUCCAUUCUCUGGGGCUUUGGGGUAAACUUUAAUAUGAUUUCUAUGUAUGGCAUUGUUUUUAUUAUUAUAUUAUAAUAUUUGUAUGUUGUUAUUGAAGAUAUUAUCUAUAUAUUAUGUGAUACGAGAUGGAAAGAGAAAUGAGAAGUAUAUGAUUUAAGUAUGAGGGAAGUGCAUCUGUUGAUAACAUAUCUUGGUGUGUUUGUUUCUAUCGCUGAUCUCCAUAUACUCUUUGUUGCCAAUCUCAGAAACACAUCAUAUCUCUCUGGCCAGUGCAUUACUCUUUGAGUGAUUCCUAUAAGAUAAUGCGGUUGUUAUUAUUCCUAGAGUAGCUCCAAAAGCAUAAAGCUAUGUAAGGAUAUAAUAAAUCCCCCUGCUAACCAGUCAGAGCGAUUAUUGGCUAGAACAUUGUAUUUAGUAUUCACAAUACCAGAUCUGUAAAUGACAAACUACCAUCCAAAAAAUUCAAUGCAGUGAAGCAUCUAGACAGAUAUGAUGUGUUAAAAAGAUACAAAAUUAGAAGUUUUGACUUGAUCUUAGUGACAAUUGUUGAAAUGCAUAUGCAAUUUCGAUUUUAAAAAUAGGUUUUUCAAUAUGGCACCCAUUAUACCGACCUGAUGGUUUAGACAGCAGGCCUGUACAUACAGUUUAAUGAUGUUAUUAUUAGUUUUGAGAUGUAAAUAAAAAUAUAAUGUCUGUGAUCUGGGUAUAUGAUCAAUGUUAAUAAAUUAAUAAUCUAUCUACAUAAUUAUGGCAAAGAGAUUGGUUAUCUUUAUGUAUGACAUGGCUAUAUAAUGUUCCCACUUAACUUUUAGUUUUUUAUAUGCCCACAUGGAAAUAUGGUCGUAUAUUGCCGUUGCUCCUGUCAGUCCAUCGUCCACAAUUUCUUGUGAACACUCUAUAGACUACAUUUAUCAUCUGAUUGUUUUGAAAUUAAUAUAAUAUGUUGUUUACAUUAGUGAGAUGAAGAAGCCUUUGUUUCACUUUGUUGCACCGUAUGAAUGCUCUAACGACAAAAGUUAUCAUCCGAUCUGUAUGAAAUUUAUAUAUAUAUCGUUCAUUACAUCUAGAGUUAUGGCCCUUGUUUCACUUUGUUGAAUCUUGUGAACGCUCUAAUGACAACAGUUAUCAUCCGAUCUGUAUGAAAUUUAUAUGCGUCAUUUGAAUUAGUAAAACGAAGAAGCCUAUUGAAUUUCAGCAAUUUCCGUUAAUUACGCCAUGAGUUAUGACCCUUGUUUCACUUUGUUGCACCUUGUGAAUGCUUUACGACAAAAGUUAUCAUACGAUCUGUAUGAAAUUUAUAUGUAUUGUUCAAAUUAGUAAAAUGAAGAAUCCCAUUGAAUUUCAGCCAUUUCCGUCUAUUACAUCUAGAGUUAUGGCACUUGUUUCACUUUGUUGAAUCAUGUGAACGCUCGAACAACAAAAGUUAUCCUCCAGUCUGUAUGGAAUUCAUAUGCAUCAUUUAUAUUAGUGAAAUGAAGAAGCCUAUUGAAUUUCAGCAAUUUCCGACCAUUACUUCUAUAGAGUUAGGGGGUUGGAUGGCCGAAUGGUUAGGACGUGCGUGCUGUAUCAUAAGGCCUGUCAUUGAGUCAACUGUCGUGGUUUCGAAUCCUCGGUUGUACGUGACAAGGAGUAGGGUUGCCUGUCCAACCUUGUGGGUUUUCUCCGGGUCCUACCACUGCUAAAGACCCCUACGCGCAAGCGAAUUAUUGAAAUAAAAUUCAACCAUAUGUUAGUCCUGUAAUGACCUAGUUAGUGUUGAGUGGAGUAAAACCCCAUUUCUCUCUCUCUCUAUAGAGUUAUGGCCCUUGUUUUAUAUGCAUUAUUUGAAUUAGCAAAACGAAAAAAAAGCCAGUCGAAUUUCAACAAUUUCUGUAGAUUGUUAAGGCCCUUAUAAUGUCAUCUGUAUGAAAUUGUCUAUUAAAUGCCCCGAAUUACCUACAAAAGAAUAUAUAUGUGACAACCCUUGUUGACCGCUCGGACGAUUUAGCUGUUGUGGGCGUAUGUUUUGUUGCCUGACAACCUAUCUUUUUUUCAUGACCACGACAAGAUGAAUGGAAGGUAAUGACAGUUGAGUGUGGAAAACUAAGAGAAUGUGUCCUCCUACAAUUUGAUAUUGAAAUGCUAUUACAUUAUAAUGUUCAAAAUAAUAUACAAGUACUUAUUAUAUUCAUUUUAGUAUUUUAUUGGUUUCAUGAUUUACCACCCAAUUGAAGAAGCCAUUCUAGGGUAGGAAGCUGUCCCAGAUAUAUUAGUGAAUCAAAUGAGUUAAUUAUGUGUGAAGGACUUUUAGAAACCUUUAUUCGUAUUUGGUAACUUUGCUCAGAAAUACAAACCUAAGUCCGUAUAUUUCACACAAUCCCAAAUUGCCUGGUUAGCCAUGUCUACAGGCUUGCCGAAAUUAUAUUAUUGGUAAAGUAUUGUGGUGAUUAUCAUUUUACUUUUAUGCAGGAAUGGAAUUCCUUAAAAUUUUGUAAGUCUUUUAAGCAAAUCUGACGAUCUUUUUUGAAUGGCCAAUAUGUGCUGAAAAUUUCAGACAAGCUAUUUUUGCCAUUUCUUUUUGGUUUUUAUUUGUAUAAUUAACCUGUUUAUAUUAACAGGUAACCUGCUAAUAUGGAGAUUAAAGGGUGUGUUAUACAUUCUGAUUAUUGGGUGGAGGGCUAUCAAUUUACAUAUACAUGUAUUCAUAAUAAAUGGUGGUAUUUUGUCAUCAUCCCUGUCUGUCUGUCUGUUUUGCCCAUUUAUCCAUCUUUUGCUCAAUUCAUCUGUACGAUAUUUCUGUAUACAAGCCUUCAAUUAUUACCCUUAUAAAUAAGCUCCAGGCAACAGUCGGUGUCAGAGUGAUUUUAAAAAAAAAAAAAAAUACUUGGAUUAUUUAAAGAACCAUAUAAAAACAUUUGUCAUAUUUCAGUUAUUUGAAUAGGUAAUUGUAUUACCUAAUUUGCUGAGAGUAUUUGAAGAAACAUAUUGAGUUGUGAUACAGAAGGGACGAUGAGAUUUUUGAAAGUCGCAUGGAGGACAAAGCUGGUGAUGGGUGGCUGCCUGGCAACCUGUGUGGAAAUUAAUUCUAAAGGUAUCAUAUGGAAUAGAUGCCACAAUCUGCUAUAAUUAUUUUAUGCUAACUCGCAUUAAAUUCUUUAUAUCCAGCCAAGAACAAACGCAAUAAUUUUAUUUUGUAUCAUAAGGAAUUUCUUUAUAAAUUAUAUUGGUUAGCACAAUCAUGACAUAGAUCUACCUUUCUUUUUUUUUUAAACAUUGUGAUCAGUUAAAGCCAGUUUCUCAGCAAUUCAGUAAAUCUAUUAGACAUUAAUAGUUCUGGUCACGCUCAUCAGGAACAGUCUUCACCACAUUGCAAGUGUAAUAGUGAAUUGACAAUUUCGUGUAUUUUUUAUGGUUCAAAUUUCGUUUUAUUUAUCUUACUACAUAACAUGGGGCGGGGGCCAUCGAAAGUAUUAACAAACGAAACGAAAUUGAGCUCCAUAUUUAAAUCAGAUUGAAAACGUGUAGACUUUUUCAGACGACAUUUGGUUCUUGAGUCAGCAGCCAACGACACAAUCUAAAGGGGACCAGAAAUAGCAAGGUUGUCAAAGAAUUGUUCUGAAUAAAACCUAGUAAUUGUUCUUUUAUCUGUAAUACAUUUGAAAUAAAGAAAAUUAUGAAAAAAAAAA